AUGUUAAAAAAUAAACUAACAAAAGCAAUUGAAAUGAUUUUAAAAAAGAAAAAACUCGAACCUGCGGAGUGGAACAUUAACCUCGACCAAUACUCAGAACCACAAAAAAGAGUAACUCUUGGGUUGGUAAACGUAAACAUUGAGAAGUACUAUUUGGCUUGUGUUAUUCCAUACCUCGGCCAUUGGAAGGACCUUCUUCACUUUGGGUUUGUGAACAAGAAGUGCUUUGAUACUCUUCUGAUGGUUCACAUCAACCCACUUUUCCCACAACCUGAGCCAGAAUAUCAAAACGAAAACACGCCUAUAAUAAUGAUAGACCAUACCACGGAAAUUGUGGACUUGUUUUAUGAGACUUUUCUCCUUCCAAACAUCCAAACAUUCAAAAUCAAAUCUUCUCAAAUUAACGAGGCUGAGUCUCUUAUGACGAAGUAUGAUCGAAUUGAAGUUCUUCCGCAGGCUGUAUCUUCUAUUAAGUAUGAUUAUAUGGACUGCUCGACAUAUUGUACAUUAAACAAAAACGCAACCAAAAUAGUUGCCCUUGAUUUUUUGAAUUGCAAACCUGAAUUGUUUCAGUUGGAAUUGUUCACAAAUUUGCAGCAUUUGAGGAACAUCCCGAUAGAUAUGAGAUAUGGGAUUUUCAACACAUUGAAAAUUCUCAAAUUGGCGCAUUUUGUAUCAAAGGACGCCGACUGCUUUGACCAGAUCUUAUUUGAACGGAAAACUGACACAAGUUUUGAGAAUUUGAAACUGAAUUUGGAGGACAUCAAUUUUGACAAGACGCGGGUCAUUGUCACGUUAAACCAAAUGGUCGAGUUCAACAAAUUGCGAGAGGAAUGCAAAAAGUUUGUCGCACGAUUGAACGUGUCUGUGCGCGAACUGAACUUUGAGUCUAUGGAAACCGAGAACUGCGUCAUACAAUUGAAGGGAGUCCGAGUCAGUCCGACUGAUCUCGAGAGCAAGUUGUUUCAGACCUUUGUGGACAAGUAUCUUCCUUUUGACGUGACGAUAGACCCAUUGUACCGGUGUAAAAAGUCACAAUUUGACUUUUCGAAUGCGGCAAUAUUGAAACACUUAGAACUGACAACUACGAAGGACGUGUUGCGAUUUAACCUUCCGACUUUAAUUGAAGACUUGCAUAUCCCAAGUUCAGUCUGUGUGUCGAAUUUUGAGAAGUGUCAUUUGACGAAACUCGAGAUCACUGGAACCAAUGUCUUUCCAAAGACGUUGCCAAAGAGUUUGAAGACGCUUGUGUUGGGCGAGAGUAAUGCAAUUUAUAUCCGAAAUUUUGAAGAUUUAGAGAUUGAGGAAUUGAAAAUGGAGAUCUACAGUGACGACUACGAUCUCCCAAAAACAUUGAAACGAUUUGCGUUGGUGGGAGUAUACAGUGAUUUGCCCAAAUUGGGAGAGUUAAACUCGUUGACUGCGCUCACGAUUAUUGCUUGUAUUAAUAAACCCCUUCAGUUACCAAGUAACUUAGUGAGUGCCAAUUUGGAUAUUAGAACCAGUGAAAACAUUGUAUUUCCAACGUCUUUGAAAUAUUUGGACAUUUUAGGAAAGCGGCCGGAUGUUUGUCCGAAUGUUGAAAGUUUGAAAAUCUAUGGGGAAAAUACAUCAAAAGUCGACUUUGUCAAGUUUUUUGCUCGGUGUAACAACUUAAAAAUGUUGAAGAUGAGUAACUGCGCGGCGGUGUAUCAAAAUCUUCCAUCCACAUUAAUUGAACUCCAUAUCAACGAACGCAAGUUAAAGAGUGUUUCCAUUGCCAAUUUGACAUCAUUAAAACGUCUCGAAAUGUGUUUCAGUGACAUUGGUGAUAUGAAACUGCCGACGACCAUUCAAGUAUUAGUGUUAGAGUAUACUCUUGAGUUGGGAGUCGCUGGGGAAAAGUAUUUUGAACAUAUGGAUAACGUGGAGUGUUACAUUGGAAAGGAGAGUUUUCGAUUUACAAAGGAAAAGAUGCGAUUAUGUCGAGUGAAUACCAAAGGAUUAUAUUCAAAGUACACCACCCCGAACUUGGAAGGGGUAUAUAACUUUGGUAAUGGGUUUGCAAUUUUCUCAUUUCGCUUCGAAGAUGUUGGAUAUGAUGACUCGACGUCUGAUCAAGAACACGACCAAAUGGAGCGCAUCACAAGACGAAGAGCAUUAAUGGAUCGCGAUCCAUACAGUGAUUUUAUUGUUGAAGAAGACAACAAUGAAAUGGCGAAUGAAGACAAUAGAGCAGUUCUCUUCCCUCAAAAUACAAGACCAAAUAAUAGCACAUUAGGUACAAAUGCUUUACUCUUCCAAAAUAGUCCAAUUGUCAUAGAAAACAAUGCCCAAGAGUCUAUUCCUGACAAUAACAACAUUAAAAGUGGUCAAGGCAAUCAAGACUCUCCCUUUGAAAUUGAUUGA